GACGGGACGCUUCUUCAAGAACAACAACGCGGCAACUCUUUCAACCACGUCGGUAGCUUGCUAGCCAAUAUAAAAGUGAAAGAUUGACGCUUUAGACCAUCUUAAUGUACAUUAUCUAAUCUCAGUGUUUUAAACACAGUUCUGUUGACGUAUUAACUGGUUAACUGUAACCGAAUUUGCAAACUUGUUAAAGAUUGAUGCUGAGCCUAGCACUAGGCUAGUCGCUAAUGCUAACUAGCUAGCUAACAUCCCUGACCAUGAGUUCAUUAAACUACUCCCCUGCUAUAGAAGAGGAGGACUGCUGUUUGGAGAAAGAAGUUCUGGCGCUGAACAUUGAAGAAGAGGAUGAGGUUACAGUGAAAGAAGAGAAAGAACCUUUUAGAAUGAAAAAGGAGGAAGAGGAGGCUGUUAUAGUGAUAGAGAAAGAACCGUUUAGAGAGGAAGAGGAUGCUAUCUCAAUAAAGGUGAAGGGGGAAGACGUUUUGGGAGUGAAAGAAGAGACAGAAUAUCAGAUUAACAUCAGAGAGAGACAUGACUAUGGUGGAUCCUCUGGGGAGCCUCAACAUCCUGAUGCUGACGAGGCAGAGAAGAGUCUCUCCAGAUCAGAACACCAGAUGGACAACGCUAGCCCUUCCUCCCUCCCGGAGUCCCUGUAUCGUGCCUCUCCUGGUAGCACCUUACUGCUGGGUAUGAAGAGGUUGUCUGUGCUGCUGGUGGACUGCAGGAAAACAAUGGGGCUGAGUGGAACUGUGAGAGGAGGAGAAGAGAGGAAAGGAUCAGAUUUGACACAUCAAAGAGAAAGGCCAGACUCGGAGGAACCAGAGCCAGGGACGUCCAAACUAGCAAGACGACACCACUGCUCCCACUGUGGAAAGUGUUUCAACAAGUCGGAGAAGCUGAAACGGCAUGAGAGAAUACACACAGGAGAGAAGCCUUACCACUGCUCCCAGUGUGGAAAGUGUUUCAACCAGAGAGUAAACCUGAAACAACACGAGAGAAUACACACAGGAGAGAAGCCUUACCACUGCUCCCAGUGUGGAAAGAGUUUCAACCGGAAAGAAAACCUGAAAGCUCAUGCGAGAAUACACACAGGAGAGAAGCCUUACCACUGCUUCCAAUGUGGAAAGUGUUUCAACCAGUCGGGGGAGCUGAAACUACAUGAGAGAAUACACACAGGAGAGAAGCCUUUCCACUGCUCCCAGUGUGGAAAGAGUUUCUACCAGAAAGAAAACCUGAAAGUUCAUGAGAGAAUACACACAGGAGAGAAGCCUUACCACUGCUUCCAAUGUGGAAAGUGUUUUGUCCGUUCGUGGGAGCUGAAACUGCAUGAGAGAAUACACACUGGAGAGAAGCCUUACCACUGCUCCCAAUGUGCAAAGUGUUUCAUCCAGUCAGGGGAGCUGAAACGACAUGAGAGAAUACACACAGGACAGAAGCCUUACCACUCCUCCCAGGUUGCAAACCAUUUGCCCAUUUAGGAAGCCAGAAAGAACACAUUAGACUGCACACAAAGGAGAAGGCUUAGAAAAGCUCAGACUGGGAAAACAUAUUACUCAUAAGUCACUUAAACGUCAUUAGAGAAUCCACACAGGAGAAAGAAAUUACUUCUCUUAGCGUGUAUGUUGAUAUUUCACAUCACAUUGACUUAAAAUUCAUCAGAGAACAUACACAGUGCUCCCGUUGUCUUAUAUUGUUGACUGACAAUGUGUUUACCUGUCUUUACCAGAUGAAAUUAAAUGGUACAGGGUAUACUCAAACAUAUAUUUGUUUGUUUUUAUUAGAAAACAUGAAGUGAAUAUGGAGUCUGUCAGUUUGAAUAUAAAGAAGAUCAGGUUCCUUCUUUUAAAUUGUCCUUUUUUAAAACUCUGUGUUUAUCUGGGUGUGUCAUUCCUCCAGCACUACAGAUAAUCAAGUGAUAUUUGGAUGUGAUGCAUUUGUUGCAUUGUUGUCCACUGAUGAUUUAAUGAAAUGAAAAUGUUCAGACUCUGUAAUGGAAAAUGUUAAUUGUUUGUGUGUCCACAUAACUGUGCGCUGUGUAACUCUGUUAUUCUCUAUGAGCUCAGAAAUAAAGAAUCUUGGUUUGA